AUGGCAGAUGAUAACCACUCCCACUUCCAGCACCUUUACUUUGUCUUAACUGGAAUUCCAGGGCUUGAACAAAAGUAUUACUGGAUGGCAUUCCCACUGGGUGCCACCUAUGUCAUCGCCCUCCUUGGCAAUGCUGUCAUCGCCUCCACCAUCAAAUCUGAAUUGUCUCUGCACAUUCCCAUGUACUACUUUCUGAGUAUGCUGGCACUGGCAGACAUGGGACUUGCCCUUUGCACUAUGCCCUCUGUGCUAGGCAUAUUUUGGUUUAACUACAGAUCUAUUGCCUUUGAUGCCUGCCUUGUUCAGAUGUACUUCAUCCAUACCUUCUCAGCCAUUGAGUCCGGGGUGCUGGUGGCCAUGGCCUUUGAUCGAGUCGUGGCGAUCUGGAACCCCCUACGGUAUGGCACCAUUCUAACCAGCGGUGUGGUCUGCAGAACAGGGGCGGUCAUUUUGACGAGGGCAGUCUGUGUGGUCUUCCCCGUGCCUUUCCUCAUCAGGCGCCUGCCCUUCUACCGCUCCAACCUCCUCUCCCACUCCUUCUGCCUCCACCAAGAUGUCAUGCGCCUUGCCUGUGCCAGCACCCGCGUCAACAGUCUCUACGGCCUCAUUGCUGUCAUCUUCACCAAGGGUUGCGACUCCCUCUCCAUCCUCGUCUCCUAUGUGUUCAUCCUCCGGACAGUAAUGGCCAUUGCCGCGGGGGAGGGCCGGCUGAAGGCCCUCAACACCUGUGUGUCACACACCUGUGCUGUCCUCAUCUUCUAUGUGCCCCUCAUUGGGGUGUCUGUCACUCAUCGCUUUGGAAAGCAUCUUUCACCACUGACUCAUGCCCUCAUGGCUAAUGCCUACCUCCUUGUACCCCCCGUGCUAAAUCCCAUAGUCUAUGCUGUGAAGAGCAAGGAGAUACGGAGGAAGCUCAUCGAGAUGUUUGUUCAAACCAAGAUCACUGCAGGGGGUUAG